GACGUUCUAAAAACUGACACAGGGGCUCCGGGGCUGUCAGUGCGGCCGGGCGCGCGGGGCAGAGCGGGCGCGCGCGCGCGCGGCAGCAGCAGCAGCAGCAGCAGCAGCAGCUCGCUGGGGUCGGUGUCGCCUGCUCGCCCAGCUCCCCCGGGAUCCAGGCCCAUGGAGCUGCUGUGCCUGGAGGGCCCCCGCCGCGUGCCCAGGGCGGAGCGGGACCUCCAGCUGCUGCGGGACCGGCGGGUGCUGCAGAACCUGCUGAGCCAGGAGGAGCGCUAUAGCCCCCGGGUCUCCUACUUCCACUGCGUGCAGAAGGAGAUCAAGCCCUACAUGCGGAAGAUGCUGGCUUUUUGGAUGCUGGAGGUGUGUGAGGAGCAGAAGUGCGAAGAGGAGGUCUUCCCCUUGGCCAUGAACUACGUGGAUCGCUACCUGUCUUCGGUCCCUACUCGAAAAAAUCAUUUGCAGCUUCUGGGGGCUGUCUGCAUGCUCCUGGCUUCCAAGCUGCGAGAGACCAUGCCUCUGACUGUGGAGAAACUCUGCAUUUACACAGACAAUUCCAUCACACCACAACAACUCUUGGACUGUGAGGUCCUCGUCCUUGAGAAGCUAAAGUGGGACCUGGUGUCGGUGAUAGCGAAUGACUUCUUGGUUCACAUCCUCCAUCGGCUCCCGCUGCCCACAGACAAGGUAGAGCUGGUGAAGAAGCAUGCACAGACCUUCAUCGCCUUGUGUGCCACAGAUUACACCUUUGCUAUGUACCCUCCGUCCAUGAUUGCAACGGGCAGCAUUGGCGCAGCAAUUCACGGCCUGUCUGUCUCAGCUAACUCUUUCUCCGGCGAGGCACUCACGGAGCUGCUGGCCAGCAUUACUGGCACAGAGGUGGACUGCCUGAAAGCGUGUCAGGAGCAGAUUGAGGCAGCGUUAGCUGAGAGCCUGAAACAGGCUUCCCAACCCCUGCAGGAAUACAGCUCCAGCAAGACUCCAGACUACCCGGCCAGCCAGGACGUCAGCAUGACCAGCACGCCUACAGACGUCACAGACUUCAACCUGUGAUGAACCCCCCUUCCCCAUAGUCACCCAGCCCCAUGAGAACAGGACCUCACACUGGAGGGGAAGAGACCUUGUGGAACCUGCUGCCCACUAAUUCUGUCCAUCUGAAACACACCGGGCAUUCGGUCCACUCAUCUGAGAGGCGGCAAGGACCCAUCAGCUGUCCACCCAUCAGCCCAGUAACCUCAGAAGGGGGUGAGAGGAUAGGUGGUGAUGACCUCGCAAGAGGAGGCUCAAGCCGGUCUAGAUGGGUUGGCAUCUAGCAGUAGUUUGCUGUCCACACUGUUAACCUGCCUCACCAGAUGGUGGGGGGGGGGAGACUUUUUGUGGUGGGCAGGGGUUAAAAUAUAUCUGGGGAGGGGGUGAAAGAGCCUAACUUCAGUUUUAAAGAGUUUUUCAGUUUUUGUCUGAAACAUAGUUGGUGCACCAUUGCUGUUUGCUGUCUCCUAGGGAACCUUGGCCUCAA